UUAGACGCUAGAGCUGCUAAGACCCUCGAAUCGCAGAGCGGCUGCUUAAACCCCUUAAAGCAUUUUUCUCUGCGUAUGAAGCUACGCAUUUCUUCUUGAAUUCUAGGGCUAUUCUUGUUCUUUCACUUCCCUUCUGGUUCCCCAAUGCCCAUGGCCUCGCUACUUCUCAGAAACCCCAACUCCAAGCGCCUCCUCCCUUUCUCCUCCCAAAUCAACUGCUGCUGUGUGGGAUCAUCGGCUCACUCCUCUCUCUCAGAUUACAUAUCCGGAAAUGACCGAGUUUCAGCUCCCAAUUCCUGGUGGAGAUCCAUGGCCACCUUCACCAGAACGAAACCUCACGUGAAUGUGGGAACUAUUGGGCAUGUCGAUCACGGGAAGACUACAUUGACUGCAGCUAUCACAAAGGUUCUAGCAGAAGAAGGGAAAGCUAAGGCUAUUGCCUUUGAUGAAAUUGACAAGGCCCCAGAAGAGAAGAAGAGAGGAAUUACGAUUGCAACGGCACACGUGGAGUAUGAAACAGUUAAGCGACACUAUGCACAUGUUGACUGUCCAGGACAUGCAGAUUAUGUUAAGAACAUGAUUACGGGUGCUGCACAGAUGGAUGGGGGUAUCCUCGUCGUAUCUGCCCCCGAUGGGCCGAUGCCACAGACCAAGGAGCAUAUUCUGCUUGCACGCCAGGUUGGUGUGCCAUCACUUGUUUGUUUCCUAAAUAAAGUUGAUUCUAUAGACGACCCUGAGUUAUUGGAACUUGUGGAAAUGGAGCUCCGUGAGCUUCUUAGCUUCUACAAGUUUCCUGGGGAUGAUAUCCCCAUUGUUCAGGGUUCAGCUUUGUCUGCCUUACAAGGUACAAAUGAGGAGAUAGGCAAAAAGGCUAUCCUGAAAUUAAUGGAAGCUGUGGAUGAUUACAUUCCUGACCCAGUACGGCAGCUUGACAAGCCUUUUCUGAUGCCUAUUGAAGAUGUAUUCUCAAUUCAGGGGCGUGGAACUGUUGCAACUGGCCGCGUUGAACAAGGAACUAUUAAAGUUGGCGAGGAAGUUGAGGUUCUGGGGUUAAGGCAGGGCGCUCCUUUAAAAACCACAGUCACUGGUGUUGAAAUGUUCAAAAAAAUAUUGGACCAAGGACAAGCCGGUGACAAUGUGGGUCUUCUUCUUCGUGGUCUAAAACGGGAAGACAUCGAACGUGGUCAGGUAAUUGCCAAGCCCGGUACUGUUAAAACAUACACGAAAUUCGAGGCUGAGAUAUAUGUACUUACAAAGGAUGAAGGUGGACGGCAUACGGCCUUCUUCUCAAAUUACAUGCCUCAGUUUUAUAUGAGGACUGCAGAUAUCACUGGCAAAGUAGAAUUGCCUGAAAAUGUUAAAAUGGUUAUGCCUGGUGACAAUGUGACUGCAGUAUUUGACCUGAUUUCACCCGUUCCUCUUGAACCAGGACAAAGGUUUGCCUUGAGAGAGGGAGGUAGAACAGUUGGUGCAGGUGUAGUUUCGAAAGUACUGAGCUGAGUUGACACUCCUUUGAUUCUUCAGCUUUUUAUUUUUUCAUUAACAGAGUGGGAAACACAUGCCAAGCGGUUGUUACUUUCCUAGUCCACACUAGAUGAAUAUUUUCUAGUGGGAUGCACAUGAGUAAAAUUAAAAAGGUAGUUGUUCUUUGAUUGAAUUCUGUCCUUGUUAUUAGAAAUAAUCAGUCAAUCAAGGUUGAUCGAUGCAUUGUAUUGCA